AAACGGUAGUUGGAUGCAUGGUGUCCUGCGGUAUGCAGCUCUUCGAGCGCUACUGUUUGCGAUUGCUACUGUGCUACCGCAAAGGACCAACACCGUUCGAGAAUUUGCGCACUGUUGACGGCACAGUGUAUGCAACGUUCCAGCAAGCUGUCAUCAGAGAAGGACUGUUGCUAGAUGAUUCCGAGUGGGAACGGGCUCUACAGGAAGCGGCCACAUUCCAAAUGCCAUCCCAAUUUCGCCAUUUCUUUGCGCUUAUUCUCUCACCUGGGAUGCCGCAAGAACCGCGCAAGCUGUGGGAUAUGUACGAAGAGCUAUUGUGUGAAGACUUUCGCUUCCACGAUCGCGACCGGUAUACAUCACAACAGUCCGACCUGAAUACGUUGCUGAUUGACGUCGAACGUUUUCGUGCGCUGCGCGAAAUCGAUCGGUUUUUGCGACGUACCAUUCCGGCAAAGGAUUUAACCACCUUUCCCGAUAUGCCACAGCUGCAGGAUUAUGAACACGUUGGAGGGCACCUCAGGAACGAUGCGAAUGAGGUGAACGAGUUCAUCACGACCGAACGGGCUUACGCAGUGAACGAUCUCGACGAAACUUUGGCCACCCUACACCUACUCAACGACGAGCAGCGUACAGUGUACGACAAAAUUACGGCGGCCAUUGAUCGAGUUCGGAUAUCGACGAGCACUACAACGGAUACGGAUGUGAACACCAACUCAACCGGAAUCUAUAAUGCUGAAGACAAUCGCUUUUUCUUCCUGGACGGUCCUGGCGGUACGGGCAAAUCUUUCGUGCUGGAAAAAGUCCUCGCAUACACGCGACGCCAAUCAAACAUUGCGCUUGCCACUACGGCGAGUGGAAUAGCAGCGCUGUUCCUUAGUGGAGGAAGAACGAUCCACUCAACGUUUAAGCUUCCGCUCGACUUAAACCGACACUCCACUUGCAACAUCCCAGUACAGUCGAAGCGCGCUGAACUCAUCCGCCAGGCAACGCUAAUCGUGUGGGACGAAGCAUCCAUGAGCAGCCAAUAAGCGUUGGAAGCAGUCGAUCGUACCAUUCGGGACAUAACGGGCGUGCAGCGACCAUUUGGCGGCAAGGUGGUACUGCUGUGCGUUAACAUGCUGGUACGCACGGCUCCUAACGCGACUCGAGCCAGCGAGCUGCAGGAAUUUGCCAAUUUUUUGCUGCGUAUCGGAGAAGGGCGACACGAUACGUUUGCAGGAGCGGACCCAUCGUUGGCAAAAAUACCGCACGAUAUGACUGUACCCCGUACGGCGAACUCGGCUCAGGACAUCAAUAAGCUGAUUGCCCGCAUCUACCCAGACAUGCAACGGAACUGUCAGGAUCCAGAUCGAUUCUUUUCCGAUCGUGCGAUCCUGUCUCCUUUUAAUGUUGACGUUGCUGCCAUUAACAACAUUGUGAUAGAUCAGUUACCCGGGCAGGCAAGGUAGUAUCGUUCCGUGGACACAUUGCUAAACCCGGAGGAGCAUGAACACUUACGGAUUCCAUCCGAAUACCUCAACAAUAGCGGCAUACCACUGCAUCGCUUACGGCUGAAGCGAUCGACACCGGUGCUGUUGUUGCGAAACCUCAAUUCCGACAUGGGACUUUGCAACGGAACGCGUCUUCAGAUUGUGGACAUGAAGACGCAUUGCUUGCACGCCAAGAUAUUGACGGGAAAGCGGUGAGGAACGGACGUGCUGCUGCUACGCAUCUACUGUGACAGCAACGACAAGGGCCAACCGUUCCAAAUCCACCGCAAACAGUUCCCACAGGUGCAGGUGUGCUUUGCCAUGACCAUUAAUAAAGCACAAGGACAACCACUGAACCAUCUGGGCCUCUAUCUGCCAAAGGAUGUGUUUGCACACGGCCAGCUGUACGUGGCAGUGUCCCGCGUCACGACACGAGCAAAUAUAGCUGCGCCGAUCGCAAAUCCUGAACACGACAAUCAAGAUGGUGUCUCAACGCGAAACAUUGUGUAUCGAGAAAUCAUUGACGAUUGAACGUGUUCGGGGAUUCAGGUAAGAACAUUUGGGAACGAAGAAAAAACAAACUGCAUUACUAUCUGUUUUGUUUUUAUUCAUAUUACAGAUACCAUGUGUCCUUCGUGCCUUAUUGGUCGAGCUUAUUGUUGAUGGUUGAACGCAUUCGGAUGGAGGUAAGGAAAACGAAUGAAAGAACCAAAUACAAGCAAGAAGUAAUUGUGAACCUUUUUUCCCUCAUCGAUUACAGUUAAUAAUUUGUUCGCCCUCAUCGAGUUUUCGGACGCCCUCAAUCAUCGGAUUCAGACGCAUUCGCGUGUUGGUAGGUGAAAAGAAGAAAUACAAAUCUAAGAAAAAAAACUUUAUAUCCUUCCUUUUUAUUUCAGCCCGAAAACAAACAUAAACUUUGACCAAGUUCAUCGAUCGAGACUUUCGGAUAAUUCGGACGCAUUCCAAUGUAGGUAAGUAGAAAGAGAAGAAAUAAGAAAUUUAAUAACAAAAUAACUUACUUUUUUAUUAAUCCUACUACAGUUAUCAAAAAUGUCUGUGCCUCAUGCCUCACUACAUUCAAUGAUGAUGCUGGAACGCGUUCGUAUGUUGGUAAGAGAAAAAAGGAACGAAAACCAGUCCGUUUUAAAAUAUUGCAUUACCAAGUAGCUCUAACCUCUCCUACCUACAGGUAAUAAUUUGACUAUUUGUCGACGAACCAGCUUCAACCCAAGGAUGAAUGGAUUCGCCCAAUUUAUGACGACCCAAAUAAUAGGUAAGUUAUACAUUUCUUCACACACAAAUAAUAUGCAUACAACAUACGCUUAAUUUUUUUUGCUUACACAAUUUGCUCUUUCCAGGACAACUAAUUCAACUUUCUACUCUGAUUCAGCUAUCACCACAUGUUGGAGUGUUUUCUUUUAUCAGGUAUCAUAUUUUUUCCUUUUUAAUCAUUUCACCGUUCUAUUCAAAAUUUGCAACAUAUUUACAAUUCCAUUUUCCAUAGCUUUCAGAAGCUGGACGAGACCUUAUCCCGGAUGCUGCAACGAGCAAGUGGAUAUUCAUCACACAUCAAGCAUAAAACAGAGGCGAAGACAACUGACAUUCAUCGUAAUCAGUAAAACAUAAUGUACGUAUCGUCGUUAUCCAUACCUGCCAUUGGUGUUAUUCACUUAUUAUUUUUUUCUUUUUUUUAUUUAUAUCAUGUCGCCGCAUCACUUUGGGAGCACGCGAACAAACAACAUGCAGCAGCGGUGUCAAUCAAGAGCAUCAAGUAGCAGCAUCGGGACAGACCUUUGGAAACUACAUCACGGGACUGUGACUGUUAACGUACGUAUGCACAUAUUGUACGCAACACUAUUACACAUUUACUAAUACACUACUCUGCUUUUAGAGACACCGGGAUCGGCAUCGGAGUAUCAUCACAGCAAUUGCCAAAGAUGUCGCAACAAAUAUAUCGUUGGUGCUCACAAGUACCGUAUGUUCUUUGUGCGGGUGAACACCAAGGAGCGGAUUGAUGCAACCGAAACAGAAAGUUCUACACGACAGCAUUGCACAAAACAUUUUUGCAAUUGCGAUGUAGCCAAGCGCAAAGUGUAAAAUAAGCGUAUUAUGUAACCUUUUAUGCAUUGCGCUAAGAAAGUUAGGUUAGAUUUUGUUUCACUCUCAUUCUAAUACAUAAGGUUGCAAAACUAUUAUUUAACUUUAAACAUUCUAACCGUAUUUAAACGAUAAUUUAUAAUACACACAAAACAACCAUUAAAUAAUUAUUAAGUUAACACACUUACCACACGAAACCAAAAGUCACGUCGGACAACGGAUAGUUCACGAGAGCUCACAUUUAUAAAGCAAACGCUUAUAAA